ACUUUGUCAGAUUUUGGUUCGAGAUUUAAAUGGGUCCAAUUUCUUUUUAUAACAGAUUUGAGUUCUUUUGUUAUUGUGGUCUUGACAUAAUGAUGGAAACUGUGCCUCCGACUCCCACAGCUGAAGAACGAAAAGUAGUUCAGGAAUUUGGUGAUUUAUUGGAAGCUUCUAAAAAUCUUUUCAAUGGACUCCGAGAUCUACCUCAAUAUGGGCAAAGACAAUGGCAACCAUAUUUUGCCAGAACUUUUGAGACAUAUACAAAGUUGUGGAAAUUUCAACAAGAAAACAGACUGGUUUUAGACAGUGUAUAUGGAUUAAAACGAUGGCAAAUAGGUGAAAUUGCAUCAAAGAUUGGGCAAUUAUAUUAUCAUUACUACCUACGAACGAGUGAAGCGAAUUAUCUAAAUGAAGCCUACCAUUUUUACUCUGCAAUAAGAACAAGGAAUUAUUACAAAAAUGCACACAAGGAAGAAAGUUGUUCUGAUCUAUUGUUGAAGAAGCAUCGAUAUUAUGCGAGAUUCAUUGUUGUUUGUUUAUUACUUGAUUACAAGCAGGAUGUUUAUAAUCUUGUAAUGGAUUUCUCUAAACAAGUAGAAGAACAGAAGCAGAAUCUUGAAAACAAUGGGCAGGAAUGGACGCAAGUAGUUUCAGAAAUAAAAGCUUUUCUUGACGCAGAACCAGUUGAAGUUUUGAAAGCUGAAACUUAUCAAAAAUGUGAUUUAAGCAUGAGACUUUGUCCUGGAAUAUUACCUCCACCAGAGAAAGGUGUACAAGCCCAUGUUACUCUUGGUGAUGCCAUCAUUGUAGGAAACUCACCUUCACAACUUAAAUUCUCUGAGUUAACGAUCGAUAUGUUCAGAAUGAUACAGGUUCUUGAAAGAAAACCAGUUUCGCCUAAAGAUUCUCAAAAAAAUGAUAAAACCAUCCCAACUAAUGAAAAUGGCAAAACUCAACUAAAACGAGACAAUCCUCACAAAUAUCUUUUGUAUCGACCAACGUUUUAUCAACUUUUUACGUUUGUAUCUACUGCUGUAAAGGAGCUACCACCUGGUCAAGCACUGCUUUUGUAUAUUUCGGCUCAUGGCACUAAACCGAAUCGACCACAAGACCCUGGUGGGUACGAGUAUGGAGGAGUGAUAACGAAUGAUAGAAAAGAUGAAGGCAAUGUCUUAACAAAACUGUCACCAAAAAAGACUUCAACGUUGAUAAAGAAUAUGCACUGUCUACAUCCUGGCGAUUUGAUUCCUUUUACAAGAAAACCAUUGCUAAUUAUAAUAGACAGCGACAAUUCACGAUCAUUCGCUGAAAUGCCGAAUUACUUUGGACAACCUUUCAUUUGUUUGAUGAGUCCAGAAGAACUUCCUGCUGCGAUGAAAGAUAAUUUUGAAAAUGGACGUCUCCUCACAUUAUUCCUAUAUUCACCGGUAUUUGCAUUCAUGCAAGUAUGUGGUGUCAAUCAGACAUCUGACAGAGUUUAUGAAACAUGUUCACAAGUUGUUCAUAAAGCUCUUGAUGAGUCACAAAGGGCAUAUUUAAGGUCCAGGAUAUUGGAUCAUGGUUAUCUUCAAAUAUUUGGUGAUGAUUUUCUCAGGUUGAUUCUACUGCGAUUUGUAUUUUGUUUCUGUGUCUUACGACUUCAUAGAGCUUUCAAGGAUGAUUCCUAUUAUCCUUCAUCCCAUCCUGAAUUACCUACAGAAGAUUUUGUUGGAAAUCCUGCAAUAAAUAAAGCAAUUGUAGAUAUGGCAGAUGUUCUUGGUGUCCGGACUUUAUUUUUGGAUGCCGAUGGUCGUUGAUGUUGCAAUCUUAGGAACUUUUUUUUUACAUUUUUGAAAUAGAAUAUAUUUUUAUAGGAAUUUUAA